UUCUCAGUAUACGUUAUAACGUUCGUCAUCUCUCUUCCCAGUCUUUCCUAUCAACGCACCGCCAAGAUGUCGUUGGUACUGCCAGAGAAGUUUCAACACAUUCUGCGUCUUAUGAACACCAACAUUGAUGGCAGACGCAAAGUUAUGUUCGCCAUGACUGCCAUCAAGGGUGUGGGUCGCAGGUACUCAAACAUUGUUUUGAAAAAAGCCGAUAUUGACCAGACAAAGCGUGCUGGAGAAAUGACAGAGGAGGAGGUUGAAAAAAUUGUAACUAUUAUGAGCAACCCUAGGCAGUACAAGAUUCCUGAUUGGUUCCUGAACAGACAAAAGGAUAUCAAGGAUGGUAAAUACAGUCAGGUGAUGUCCAAUAACCUCGACACAAAGUUACGUGAGGAUCUCGAGCGCAUGAAGAAGAUCAGAGCCCAUCGUGGUCUGAGGCACUACUGGGGUCUGAGAGUGCGCGGUCAGCACACGAAGACCACCGGCCGCCGUGGUCGCACUGUUGGUGUAUCCAAGAAGAAGUAAUAGAAAUAAACUUCGGAGUUUCA